AUGGAGUCCGUGAAAGCUUCAGAUGAAAUCAAAAAUUAUAUCUCACAGGCAGUUAUACGAGCGAGUCAGUGGACUUUGCCCAAUGGAAGCACACAUGAAAACAGUGAUUCCAUUGAAGUUCAAAGAGUUGGUGUCAUAGGAGGAGGGACUAUGGGUAGAGGAAUAGCUUUAGCUCUAGUUCUUGCUGGAUAUGAAGCGAUCAUUGUUGAACAUACCUAUGAGGCUGUGCAAGCUUGUCAGAAGGAGGUUGCUCUGACCAUUAAGAGAGAAGUUUCUCUGAAGAGAUUCAAAGAGAAAGAUGUACAUCGUCUCAAAUCAAAUGCUUUAAUGUAUACCACAGAUUUAAAUCUCCUGAAGGAUUGUCAACUGAUCAUAGAAGCAAUUUUUGAGAACAUGAACAUGAAAAUUGAACUUUUCCAAAAGCUCGACAAAAUACUUCCUGAAAACGCCAUAUUUGGAACCAAUACUUCAAGUCUGAAUAUUGAUGAGAUGGCCAAAGCUAUUGCAAAUCCUUCGAGAGUUGUCGGAAUUCAUUUUUUCAAUCCUCCACAUGUAAUAAAAGUCGUAGAAAUUGUUUUUGGAAGUUAUACUUCUGGAACAGCAGUUGCAACAGCCUUUGAAGUUUGUCAGAGAAUGAGAAAGCUUGCUGUUCUUGUUGGGAAUUGUCCAAGCUUUGUCUUCAAUCGCCUUUUGGCUGUAUAUAUAAAUCAGAGCAUGAAGUUGAUGUAUGAAUACGGACUUCUGCCCAAAGAUAUCGACAAUAUCAUAACGUCGCGAGGAUUUCUAAUGGGACCCAUAACUGUGGUGGAUAUGAAUGGCUUGGAUGUAGCUGAAAAAGUGAAGACGGAGCAUAAUGUUCCUCUAAAUAAGUUGGAAAUUGAAUUACUGAAGCAGAAAAGAUACGGCAGAAAGACAGGAAAAGGGUUCUACAAAUACGAUGAGAUCACCAAGAAGAAGGAAAGUGAUUUAGAAGUUGAGUUCCUUAUUCAAAGCGUAGCAUCCUCAGCAUCACCAAAUAUUUCACUUUACUGUGAUAGUGAUGUUUAUGAAUUUAUCAUAUUUCCUCUUAUAAAUGAGGGAUAUCUUUGCUUGGAGGAAGGGAUGAUUGAGGAAGAGCAGCUUAUAGACAUAUUAUUCAUUCUUGGGUUUGGCUGGCCUGUUAAUACUGGAGGUCCAAUGCAUUGGGCUAAAGAAAUCGGAGUGAAAAAGAUAGCCGAGAAGUUAGCUUUGUGGAAUAAUUUGAACCCGACAGCUCGUGAAUAUAAGCUCUCAAAAACUUUAAGAAAAAAUGCUUCAAUGGUUUGUAAGUUGUGA